GUGGCCUGACCGGGCCUGAAAGUGGCCGAGAACUUGGCGAGUUGGAGCGUGCAGCGGCCCGAAUCGGUGGCCAAGGCUCAUCCGUGGCAGUGGCAACUGAGCUCAUGGUGGUAUAAAAUACGAGAUGGCGUUCGAGGUGACGUAAUUAGAAGCGGAAAAAGGAAUAACCAGCUGCUUGUGGCCUGGCGGCUGUGACGAGAGCGGCGGUGGCGGCAAUCAGAGCAGUGAUCGUGCAAACUCCACCAGAUAAACUGCACCCAUCAAUCUUAGGGGCAGCAAUUGAUACGACGCUGGUACAAAUGAGAAAGCGCCACCUCUCGCAUCAAGAGUCGUGGACCCUGCAACAAGUGCACAUUGACAAUAAUUGUUGCAACCAUAUUGAGCGCUACAUUCAUGAGUCUGUCCGUGUCUGUAUUUGUGUAUGUGUGUAAACGUUACGUGCAUUCAAGUGCUUCCAGCGUACUGCCUGUGUAUAUGUGUGUGUGAGUGUGUGCCUGUGUGUGUGUAUGUGUGUGUGAGUGCGUGCGCUCGUGGACUGCGUGGAUCCAUCCAGCUCUUCCGUAUGAUACCCCACGAAGGGGUUCCUGCUACGCAGGUUAUUAUAAUCACGUUGCCUAUCUACGUAACGCUCAAACGUAACACGAUGACGUCGGAAGACUAUAAUCAAUCGUCGACUCCGAGGGUAGCACUUCAAAUGGCCGUUGGUGAGAUCAAGAAGCUCUAACUACAACCUCACCAGCUGAAAAAAAUAUUUAACUGAAAAGGCACGAAUCAACGACAGAACCGGCAACAUCUACAGAAAGAGAUACUGCUAUUACUACAAUUAAUGUUUUCACAGAAAUUUCUCAAGAUUUCCCAGAUUUUUAUCAUACGCGAUAUGCAUACGGCCAGUCCGGCAAUACAAACCGGUGACAAGAACAAUGUCCCAAGAAAGCGGCAACCGCAUUGUCGUAACGCUUUGUCGGCUAAUUGUAUUACGUAUGCCCAUUGAUGAGUGUGAACAGGAACACCAUUGAAAAUGAUGAUGAACCGCUCAGAUUGAGCAAUGCACGAAAUUCGAUCACAUAUUUCCCAAAGAUAUUGCGACGCUUCACAAGCUAGAAAACUGUUGAUUUAACCACAUAUCAAUUUUGAUUUUUUGGUCGCUCCUUAGUUCGAAAACUUUUUUGCGACCUCGUUGUGCCACUGUUCUCCAGGCGUCGAUUUUAGGUUAUGGCAUAGACGACGAAAUAACAGUCAGAGAAACGGGCCGAGGAAGUAUUCGCUAUUAAAACACUACUCUAUUAUGCCCACCUCAACCUAAUCAAAAGAUGCUCGUAGAAUUUUGGUCACUGGCGAUGUUCAGUGAAUAUAUUCGCCGUUAUUUACUGCACAAAUAGUCACAACCAGAUAUUGCUUGUAUAUAUAGUAUGUAUAUACAUUUAUACGUAAACUUAUUUGUACUUGUAUACACAUGUGUGUGUUGAGGAACAGAUAUGAAACAAAGCUCUCUUCAUUCUACCCCUCGUGGUGUAUGAAGUGUCAAAAUGACAUAGGUGGUUAUAGAGCAGCUGUACCCCACACCCCCCUCCCGCCCGCCCGCGGUUCAAACACUCCACUGAAGAAGCAGAUACUCUUAGACUUUCGCCGCUCUUAGCGACUAACGCAAUGGGACCGUCAAAAAAACGCAACCUUUAGGACGACGAUCGUGGUAAAAACAACCCAUGGGCUUCUGGGAGCUCGCGUAACCCGUGGCGUGUGUAUGCGUGUCUGCUUGUUUAUCUGUAUAGGCAUGUGGACUGUGUAAAGAAGAAACAAGUAAAUAAUGAAAGGAAUAAAAUAUAUGUAGAGAAGACAGGGUGACUAAAAAUAAUUCCACAUCUGUGAUCCUUCACACUGCCAUAUACCAUCUAGACUGCUCGAAAAUGACCAAUUUAUUAAGAGAUAUUGGUUAGAGGUAGCAUACGAUUGUCUUUCUCCUUCGAAACAACGCUUCGCCAAGCGAAAUGCAGUGCUACUGAUACCACAGGUGCGAUUACGCGAUAUGUCAGGGCAUGUUCUGAUUAAGAAUUGCUGAACCAAGGUGGUACGGCGCGUCCCGAACCCGACAGACCGGAGACACCGCUGCGACUAAAAAAGACGUGCCGAAGAAAGUGUAAGCCCAGGCAUACACGCUACUACUUGCAAUAUUCUGUUGCGUUUAUAAAUAUCCAAUUGACAAAAAAGUAGUUAGUUAAAAAGAUCUUAUCUAUAAGCGUGCAGCGCAGAGAAAGAGGGUAUCCGAAACUGUGUUUACUGUCAACGCCGUCGAAGUUGUGAAACUUCGAAAGUAAGCCUUUUUUUCUUUGCACAAACGAAUGGAAGCUUCAGUUACACCAACCGCUACAUGGUUGAUGGCCGAUAAAAUUCUGAGACCUGCUAUAAUGUACUCUGUACAUAGAUAUACAAACGUAUAAGACACGCAUUACGCUCAAAAGCAAUCAUAGAUUCUGGCUAGACAAGGACAACAUUCAAUGUAGGGACUGAGCGCGAAACUUUGUAUUUACCGAUCAACUAAACAAGUACUGCAACAAAACGAUAGCAGACAGAAGCGAACAGGAACGAAUUGUUUUCAUCGACGACGGAAAGAAGUUGGCUGGUGUGGAAGCGCAGUUAUGGAAUCGCAGGUUGUGUACAGGGAAACGGGUGGGUACCGCCGCCCGCCAACGUACAGCAGUACGUUAGCGGCUUCUGAUGAAUCUGGCGUCCCACGGCCUAGUCCAGGUAGCGCAGGUGGUCCUCGACGGGUUUUGUUUGUAUCGCCCUCAAUGCCAGUAGCGCCGCCUCGUCAUAUUUUACCUCCUCAUCAACUGUCAGCUCUUCCACAUGAAAGUCCGUACCCAAGUUAUGGCGACCCCGACUACCGUGAAUGCUGUUGUCUAACAACGUGUGUUAAUACAUGCACCAUGAAACAGGUGUUCGCAUUUAUUUGCGGCUUGAUCGUGGUCCUAUUAAUGAUCCUGAGCAUCCUGUCUUCGUCCUGGCUGGUCGCGCAGAAGUAUCGCCAGGGCCUUUGGGAACAGUGCGUUGAAGAAGGCGCGUUAAAGCCCCUACCAUUCGGUCUAGAGGUGGGUCCGGGCUGUUACGGUGCCCGUAACGUAGCCUACGUACAGGCGGCGGCCGCGCUGUGCGUGAUCACAUUGCUUUGCGACGUGGCAGCGACCCUUAUGACAGGAUGUGGACUUUGUUCGCGAAAUCCCGUCCGCAAGUACAUGCUCUACCGGCUCGCCUUUUACGUUAUGGUGUGCGCAUUGCUAUGCAUCCUCAUCGCGUUAGUCGUUUACCCCGCCUGCUUCGCGGCCGAAAUAGAGGACUCUAACCGACAGGUCUGGGAGUUCGGCUGGGCGUACGGAGUAGGCUGGGGGGCAGCAAUAUUUCUAUUUGGCGGAAUCCUUCUGCUGUUGUGUGAUAAAGAGACAGAAGAAAUUUACUAUCGGGAGAGGACGACCAACUCGUCGGUGGCGACCGUUCACGACAACAAAGCCUAAAAUAUUAGACAUAACAGUGAUAGCAGCGGCCGCGCCCGUCAAUGAAACAACGAAUCGAACACUGGGCUCGUGGCAGCCGUACCCAGCCCGGCAUCGCUGGUCCUUUUAAGCGGCACAAACAGUAAAAUAGCGACAGCAAAAUCAUACACUGAUGAAGCCCAGAAACUACUGCCAACGGUUCCAGGUCGAGUGUUCUCCAAUGACUAUAUGCUUCUAUACUAUAGAGAGCUCGAAGACUGAGGUUUACGUUUUCCUUAUUGGCGACUAAUAUAUAUAUAUAUAUAUACAUAUAUUUAAUUAUACAGUUCGUAUCACAAAGACCAUUGACGUAGGUGUGUACAUAGCGAGCACAUUGUUCCCCAUGUGUUUGGUCGAAGAGCACGUGUUUAGGGCUUAAAUAUUUAGGGUGCAUUCUUUGCCUAUCUGUUUCCUAUUGCCAUCCCUACAAUCCGUCUGAUUCUAUACGUUGCAGGGGGGGGGGGGGGGGGAGCAGCUAUGGGGCUAAAGAUGCCAUCGUAGUCAUAAGUGAAUGAUGCGUUGUGAAUUGUGAUACCACGAAAAGAAGUGGGGCGGGGAGAAAUCAUCUACGCCUGGGACGGAUUUAGGGGGUCUAUCAACGGCAUAAAAAUAAACGGUUUCAAUCGAUAGCUUGACUAGGGAACGCUAGGGUAAAUGGUAUGGUGCAGAUUAGCCCUUAGUGAUCAAUCUACAGGUUUCAAAAGACGCAGCUAAAUUAGACAGGAGUUUUUACGCAUAGCUGUUGACUGAACUGGUGAUCAAUUACGGGUCGGACCAAGCUAUACUCUUUCGCGACCUCCUCCACAAGCGUACUUCGCCGGCGUCAUCUAUAUAACUGUAUACGGUUUAACGACGUGUGCUAGCCCCAACUGGGAACGCUUGCUGAUUGCCAUCGAAGCAUUAUGGAGCGAUCGGAUGCUGGCUGUGUGUACCUAUUAUGUGUAUGUAGGACAAGCUAAAACAAGGUGGCCAAAUGCCUUUUACUAUAGACAGACUUGAGUAACGGAUAGGUGCAGUGAUACAGAGAGAUACAUUGUCAUCUAACGAGCACUCAUUGCCAUUGUCAUUCGUAACGCCACGGCCAUUGGUGCCACUUCGAUGGCCGAGUAUGCCGCCAACAACUUCUACAUGGUGUCUUGCAGCACAACAAUACAUAUAUACACACACACACACACACAUACACACAACAUGAAAAUAUGAUUGAAGUAAAUAAAUCUUGGCCAACACACAAGUGAGGACACCUAAAGCGAUAACAAAUCAUCAUGCCAGUGAUGAUUACCACUAUUAUUAUUGAUGUCAUUAUUAUCAUUUUGAGAUAACUGACCGCGGUUGUAGAACACGUCGUAGUAAUUAGUGCUAGUAAUGAGUAGUUAUCUCAGUAAAAAUGAUAAAAGGAAUGAUGAUUUCCGUGAUAAAUGGUUGUUCCUGGUGACUAAGUGAUGAUUGCCGCGAUAGAAAUAAGCUAACCGCGAAAUGGUUUUGUACCAGAUGGCAAUGGCGCCACGACAGAGGUAGAACGUUGAUUUCUUAGUCAGAUGAUUAUGUCUUCUACGCUUCCGAGCGCACCGCCUGUUGACGAAAUUAGCUUAGAGGGGAGGGCGAAGAGUUCUUCGGCUGGCCCCUAAAAUAUGAUGUAGAAAAUAGCUCAUAUACUCAUAUUGCUAAAAUCGUAACGAUAAUAACAAGCGUUUAUGUGUGAUUUUGGGUCAUGUUGGCUGUGUGAGCUAACAACAACAAGCCGUGCGAUCGAUAGUGUGGUGAUUUAGUGAGAAUAUUAUUAUAAUACCUCAAGGGUCUUCAGAUCUAGAGGGUAUUGCAUGCAUGAACUAAAGCUAACGAACUGCUAUCUACAUGGGAGCAA